AUGAAUUACACCAAUGUAAUAGCCGCGUUGGCUCUGGUUUUAUUCCUUGCUGUUAUUUCGAAUGGAGCACCUCAUUCGAACAAAUGUACAAGAGGAGUAAGCGGUACCGUGUGCGGCGAUAACGGUGUUACCUACGAUGAUGCGUGCGACGUCGAUGACGACGACGAUGACACGAACGGAAAUGGAGGAGUUCAGGUUGCCCACUCAGGGCCGUGCAAUCGAGGAGGAGGUCAAGCUCCUCCGGCAGCCCCUCGUGCCCCUGCACCACCCGCUCGUGCUCCCGCACCACAAGCUCCAAUAGGACCAUACUCUCCCGCCAUUCCUCAUGCUCCUCCAGCACGUGCCCCAAGUUAUGCUCCUGUUGCUCCAGGUGGAGGUGUCAAUGGUGAUACAAGUGGAGAGACUGGGUAUGAACAGUCACCUUCUGUUGGAUAUGCUCCAGCCGCUCCCGCUGUUGGCUUCGCUCCCGCUGCACCAGCAGUUGGUUAUGCUCCUGCUGCACCAGCAGUUGGUUAUGCUCCUGCUGCACCAGCAGUUGGUAAUGCUCCCGCCGUAGGUUACGCUCCAGCUGGUACGGAUGUCGGCUACGCUCCUGCUUCUGGUGAUUCUGGCUAUGAUUACGCGUACGAAGAUAACAGCGACAGCAGUGAAGAAGGAUACGACUAUUAUGAGUAUUAUAUUUACGUAGCUCCUGCCGCAGGUCCUGUCGGUUUUGCACCAGCUCCAGCAGCCCCCGCUGCCCCAGGUGGGCCUGCAUACGCUCCAGGUGCAGGAGGAGCCGAUGGUUGUGGUGCACACGAUAGCGGAGAAGGAUGCAGCGGUGGUGCAGGUGCAGUUGGGUUUGCGCCAGCUCCAGGAGGCCAAGCUUUUGCUCCAUCUGUUCCAGGAUAUGCACCAGCUGGACCUGCUUUCGCACCGGUCGGUGGUGAUGGUGGUUGUGGAGAUUCGGGUAGCGGGGAAGGAUGUGAAGGUGAUGAAUCUGAUGGUGAGGAUAGUGGAAGUGACGAAGGGGAUUACUCCGGUACUACAGGCGGUGUUGCCGCUCCAGGAGGUGCUGCUGCUCCUGCACCUGGCGCCCCACGUGCUCCCGCUCCAGGACUCCCACAGGCACCUCCAGCACGUGCACCUGUUCCCCCACCACGUGCUCCGAGUCCUCCACUGAGACCGCAUGCUCCCAUUCCUGCUCCUCCUGCUCCUUCGGCACCUGCUGGUAAAGAUGAUUCUAAAGAGAAAACAGCUGAUGCUCCGGAGCCUCCAAGAGCUCCUUCCCCUGCUGCUCCAUCUGCACCGAAAGCACCCGCUCCACCUGCUCCUCCUGCUGCUCCAGCACCAAAAGCUCCUUCUGGUGGUUGUGCACCGGGCGAUGCCGGAUGCACUGAUGCUGGUGAUAAUGGAGGAGAUGAGUGCACGGACUCUGGCUGUAAAGAUGAUGACGAUAACAAUGUUGCAGCUCUUCAUGAAAGGAUUGGAUCCAUCUCUAAAAUGGAAUCCGCCAGGUUUCUUAUCGUUCUUCUUGCUGCCUUGUGUCUCACAGGUCUUACACAUGCAGCGCCACAUUCCAACAAAUGCACAAGAGGAGUAAGUGGUACCGUAUGCGGCAAUAACGGUGUUACCUAUGAUGACGCGUGCGAUGUCGAUGAUGAUGACGAUGACACAAAUGGAAAUGGAGGAGUCCAAGUAGCACAUUCAGGGCCAUGCCAUGGAGGAGGAGGUUACGCACCUCCAGCUGCCCCUCGUGCUCCGGCUGUACCAUUUGCUCCGCCUGUUCCCGCCGCUCCACAUGCACCCGCCGUCCCUCGUGCUCCAGUUGUACCUUACGCGCCCCAUGCUCCAACGGAGGGUGUCGCAAGCGGAGAAACUGGAUAUGGACAUGCUCCAUCCCCUGGAAUAGGAUAUGCCCCGGCAUCUGGAGGAUAUGCUCCCGCACCCCAUGCUCCAUCAGCUCCUGCAUAUGCUCCUCAUCCUCCAGCGGGAGGAGUUCAUGGUGGCACAAGUGGAGAGACAGCUUACGCCCCAGGUGUAGGAUAUGCUCCCGCACCCCACGCUCCAGUGGCUCCUGCAUAUGCUCCUCAUCCUCCAGCGGGAGGAGUUCAUGGUGACACAAGUGGAGAGACAGGUUAUACCCCAGAUUUAGGGUAUGCACCUGCGCCCCAUGCUCCAGUGGGUCCUGGAUAUGCCCCAGGUGUAGGUUUCGCUCCAGCUGCUCCAGGAAUCGGUUAUGCACCUGUAGGGGGUGCAGUAGGCUACGGCGUUGACCAAGACGACAGUGACAGCGGGGAGGAUUAUCAUGGACAAGAGGCUGGCAUCGAUGGUCACGCAGGUUACGCUCCAGCAGCUCCAGUCGGUUAUGCUCCAGCUGCCCCUGGUGGAUAUGCUCCAGCCGCACCUGUCGGAUAUGCUCCAGCAGCACCCGGUGCAUAUGCUCCUGCAGGUUAUGCUCCCACUGGCGAAUCCGACUCCGGCUGUGGUGGAUCUGACAGCAGCGACGAAGACGACUGUGGCUUUGCUGCCCCAUCAGGUCCUGGAGUUCCAGGAGCUGCUGCUCCUGCACCCGGUUUUCCUAACGCACCUCUUGCACCCCAUGUACCAUACGCCCCGCACGCUCCUGUCCCGGGUGUUCCGUACGCCCCCGCGGCCCCUUUUGCUCCUCAUGCUCCAGGUCCCCACGACGCGUCCUCAGCGGCAGACGAAGAAGAUGGGGAGGAUCAGGAGGAUGAAGAGGACAAUGAUGAAGAAGAUCAAGAUGAAGAAGAUAAAGACAAAGAAGACAAGGAUGAAGAAGACAAGGAUAAUGAUGCGGACGAGGAAGACAAAGACAACGCAGACGAGGAGGAAGAUGCGGACAAUGACGAGGAGGAUAAGGAAGAUGGGGAUAAGAAAGACGAGGACAAUGGCGAUGAGGAGGACAACGGAGACGAAGAAGACAAAGAUAAUGAGGAGGACUGCAGUGGAAAUGACUGUCCAAAGGAACAAGGGAAUGCACCGCCCGGAAAUGCAGGCACUGACAGAUUAGCGAGUCCCAUCUGCGCCGAUUGCCCAUUCCACACCCCUCGAGCGCAGCGUGUGUGCGGCACUAACAAUCGAACCUACAAAAGCCUAUGUCACCUUAAGUUGGCUGCAUGCAGAACGAAUGACCCAAGUCUUAAGCGAGCGAAGAUGGGCAGUUGCAAUCUAUCGCUGAAGACAAUCAACCUGGCAAAUCAGUUUCAGUAACGGAGCCGUGCUUGAAGUUCGAUUGAUGAUUGGUAGCGUUGUUACGACGGACGCCUUGUUCUGUGUCUUCAGACACCAUCGCAUUAUGCUCAAUACGUGAAUUGGAGGAUGGCUACUUCCUCAUAUUUGUUUUUAGGUGUAGUGUUGGCACGAAAAAAAAGAAGCCCUAACUUAUGUUAUUUAUUACCCUAUUUAACAUUUCACUUAUUUAUUCUUAUUUCAAGUAAGACGAUAUUUCUAGGAAAAAGAUGAAGUUCAAAAUUGAUCCUCUUCCA